GCCAUUAAAUGAGCGCCGCUUGACGACUGCGUGUGAACUCAGAACCCCCUUCUGGAUAUCCGUUCGUCUUCAGCGGCCCGAGGCAGGAUGGAAGAAGCAGAACUCUUAAAGCAACGCCUUCAGGCUAUUACGAAUAAGAAAAAAAUCCAAGAAGAAAUUGCCCACAAACGGCUUGAAAUUGACAGAGAGAAACUAAAGCUUCAACAUGUCAAGAAAAGGUCCAUGAGAGAUCUGUGGCUCAUGGAUGGGAUGAACAGCAGUAAUGCACAGGAAACACAAAAAGCUCUUGAAGAUGCACAACAAACUAAACACCUCAAGAGCAACAUACAUCGGAUAGAGAAAGAGAUUGAAGCAUUGGAGAGAGAGGAAAUUAACAUCUCAACAAAUGAGGGGCUGAUUCUAAAGAGGCUAAAAGCCAUUGAAAAGUCUCCAGAGGAUAUAAUUAAGGCAGCGAAUGCAGAUUUCAUAUCAGAGCCGAUCUAUAUUCAUUCAACAAUUCCAAAUAUGCUAAAGCCCAGCACACCCCUGUUAAAGCAGAGGAAGAAACAAGACCUGGAAACUGAAGCAAAAACUGAUCAAACCAAACCUGCUUUGUUCGCCAUGGAAAUUAACGUUCAGAAGGACUUGCGCACAGGGGAAAGCCAAGUUCUCUCCACCGCCACCAUUUCUCCCCAAGAGCUCCAGCAGAAAGGCAUCAAAGUCUACGACGAUGGCCGGAAGUCCGUCUACGCCCUGCGUACAGACGGCCACCAGCCAGGUGCGAAUGGAGUGGAUGAACUUAGUCCCGUGGAGGUCGAAGAGCUGCUGAGGCAGGCCUCUGAGAAAAAGAAGAGGUCCAAUCAGGUUCAGAUAGACGCUUCAUAUCCCUACAACCUCUCCCAUGAGUUACAAUCAGCCACUGAAAUCAGGGAGAGCAAUGAAUCCAAUGGAUACCAAGAUCCCUAUAGUGUUGACUUAUCGGCAUGGCCUGAGCUUGUGUACAAUGAUGGCGUGUGCUGUCCAGAGGACGCGGGUCAAGGACUUCCUCUCCUGCCAAUGCCUAAUUACAAUGACAGACCAGACGAAUACUAUCACAACAGCCGUGAGCUACACAGAGGGGAAAGACACGCACAUGAACAGUAUUACAACCAAAGAGAGAACCACUGGGGAAUGCGACAUUUGGAUUGUGACAUCUCAAAACACAGCCUGUGUUCAGCCUACUCUGAGGACUCCAAACUCAGUGUACUGAAUGCCAUGCCAUCGGACGAGCCAGUCACCAUGAUAUUCAUGGGUUACCAGAAUGCCGGAGAUGACAGCCAGAGCUAUGAGGGCUCAGUUCGGGCAGAGUUGGUGAUUAUUGGAGAUGGUGAAGAUGAAGCGAGCAAGAGCUUCAACCCCCAUCAGAACUGCAAUGCCAACAACGCCUUUCCCUACUCUGCUGGACGGAAGGGCAAAAGAGACGGCACGGAAGACCCGUCAGCUACAGGUACUCCAAAGAUCAAAAAGGUCAAAAGGAGACACAAGCACUGCUGUGUGUUGAUUUGCCAAGGAAAUGCCUCAACAGGAGGAGUUCGUCGCGAGCUUGAUUUUUCCUUCUUCGAGUUCAACCAUAUGAAUUACUCCCGACGCGUCGCCAUUUGGUUACUGUCGUUAUCUGUACAAAUUAUACAUGCAUGUGCGUAUUGCGGUAGAUUGGAGAUGAUAUCCGUUUGGCUCCUGUUUUUAAAGCUGCUGAGAGUCACAGCUGGUGUGCGAAGGUCAUAUGGAAGUGAACUAAAUGAAGGCAAAAGCACCUCUGUAAAUCAGCAGCAAAAAGAGCAGGAAUACCUCUCUGAAGCAGUCACCAUGGAGACCAACCAGCUUUCAGAAAUGGCUGAUCUAACAGACUGUAAAAUGAAUCCUGGGUGUACAGAGGACCAGACAUGUCCAUUCACUGAGGAGGUGAAUGAAUGUUUUGUCACAUAUUUCCCAGAGUGCCUAGAUACCAAACAGAGCAACCCCCAUGAAGAUCUGGAUGGGCAAGAAAACAAAGCCAUAAUUAAUGAAUGUGAUGGCUCAGGUGAAUCUGAUGGAAGCAAAGACUCUCAAGAAGGCAUUACGGUCAAGGUCAAUGAACAAGAUGAACCAGAUGGCAGAGAAUCUUUGGCCUUUGAGUCUCACGAAGAGCCUCUUGUGAAUGACAAACCAGAAGAAGAAAUGGAAAUCAACAAUUUCGAUGAUACCCAAGAGGAAGAACAUGAUGAACCUGAGGAGAGGCUGGAAGCACAAGAAGAAUCUGUGCUGGAGCAGCAAAUCAAUGAGUUGGUGAUUUCUGAAGUCCCGACUGAAUCUUGUCCAGAUAUGGAUCGAGAUGACCUAAGUGACUGUCUGCUAGUGGAGAUGGCCAUCAUUUCGUCAGACAGUGAUGCUGAAGAGCCGUGGAGGUCUUUAGCUCCAUCAGCUGUAGAUAAAGAAGAGAUUGAGGAGAACGGUGAUCUCUUGGGUAUGGAUGAAGCAGAGGUAAACUCGGAAGACCAAGCAAGGCAGGAAGACAAUGAAGUGACUGAGAGCAAUGCUGAACUUGAAGAUGAAGCUCUGGCUUUGAACAUUAAUGAAAGUGAGAUUCUAGAACAACCAGAGUGUCCCACUGAAUGUGAGCUGCGAGAUAUUUCUUUGGACUCCUCGGCCCAUUACUGCAGUUUAACCAAGAUUGCAGAGGAUGAGGAAGAGCUUGGUAAAACUUCAAAGCACAACCUUCAGCGCCUGUCUUGUUCAACUUCAGAGCUCGACAAAAAGUUGCCAAAAGACUUCUGCGUGGUUCAGGAAAUAAAGAGCGAGAAUGUCAGCACAGAGCAUCUGGAUUUUAGGGUGGCUCGCAAGCAGUGGCAGAAGAUGGAAGAGCAAACAAAAGGUCUGGUGCACCGGCCGGCGAUGAGGCAGGCAUCUUGCCAGGGUGGACACAACUUCAUGUACACGCCUGUCCGCAACAUUGAUCACCCCAGAAGAGACCCUGACAUAGAGAGUCUUGGUCUGGGUGAUUACCAGUACACUCAAUUCAGCCCCUGUUCGGAAGACUCUGGUCUAGAUGACACAAGCUAUAGGUCUCCUUAUGAUGAGCCAGAAACUCCAGUGGAGAGGGAGAUUCAUGAAGCUCUCGAACGAGAGGAGAUUUUCAGACGAGAGAGGACAAUGGCAAAGAUGUCUUCUGGCGACACUAUGCAAAUUAAACCCAAGCCUGGCGUUCUUCACCACAGCAGAUCAGAACCUGGGGAGAAAAGACAGAUGUUUGACACACCGGAGGACAGAUGCAUUUCUCAGAGAUCUCCUAGUGCAAGAACUCCAACUUUGUCCAUCACAGCUUCAUCUGGAAGAAGUCCCACAUACCAUGAAAUGACCGCCAACAAUGUCGUAAUACUUGAGCCAGAUUCGUACCCCACCAGCCCACGGAGCCAAAGAAAAGGUGGGAUGCUUUCUCCAGGGACGAGCAGUUUCCAAGUAUGGCCAUCCGACAUGAAUAAUGUCAUUAUCCUGGAGACAUCAAAUCUCAUAAUUCGAAGUGCCUCGGAAUUCUGCCUGAGCUCUGCAUGUCAAGAGACACAAGAGAGCACCUUUCAGAACAAUCCCUUUUUCAAACUGCGCUCCCAAAGCACCCAGUCUCUGGUGCAUCAGGAGAUCAAGUUGGUGAGGCAAAGAGAAGAGGAGCUUAGAAGGCAGAGAGCACAACUAUAUGUAAAGGAGAGAUAUGACACCGUCCUCGUGUCCCCCAGCCAACUGCAGAAUUUCACUUAUGAGAAACCAGGAGAGGUGCCAGCAAAAUCUAAGUCAUCCCCCUCAUCUCCAUCAAAGACACGCAAAAUGGAUCGCUCCACUAUGUCCUGCGACCACAAGUUCUCUGAGGCACCUUACCCUCGAGUCAGACGGAAAAGUGCCCUGGCCCAGAGGUGGGAAGCAGGUAUCUUUGCCAAUCAUCAGCAACAAGACUGAGUGAUUUGCCUAAACGAAGCAUCAAGCACAAAUCAAGGUUCCAUUACCGUAUAAGCAUGUGCAAAUAAUUUUAGAGUAAAACAUUAAUUACUAGUACAAACCUGGAAGUUAAUAGGUGAGUCAAAAUAUUAACAACUGAUCUCAUACCUUUUUACAUCUUUUGGAUGCUAGUAUUUUCACUCUGAAUUUUAUCCUGGAUAUACUUUUAUAUUAUUGCAGUUAAAGAAUUUAUACCGUAAUGUAUUCCUAAAUUGCACUAUGUACAAC